AUGGCUGAACAAGUGCAGACAGAGUUGGGCGAACACAUGGUCGAAGGUAACGGUCAGAGUGCUCCUCGGCAGGAACAUCAAUCUAGGGAUACACAGUUUAUUCCAUGGUCAACCCAAAGUAAACAGGCGGCUGCAGAGAUUGCUGAGAAGACAGCGUAUCUGUCGCGUACAGAGACAUUCAGUGCUGCUCAUCGACUCCACUCGGCUCACUUAAAUGACGAGGAGAAUGUUGCAUUGUAUGGCAAAUGCAACAACAUCAAUGGUCAUGGACACAAUUAUCAAGUUACUGUUACUGUGAAAGGAAAGGUCAGCUACGGAACAGGCAUGAUCAUGAGCAUGACGGCCCUGAAGAAGGUUAUGAUGGAAAACGUCAUCGAUUACCUCGACCACAAGCACCUGGAUAAGGACAUCUCUUACUUCUACGAAAACAAAUUGCAGACGACGGCUGAGAACCUAGCUAUCUUUGUCUGGGAGGUGAUGAAGGAGGUGUUCACGCAGCAUGGGUAUCUUGGUUCGCGGACGCAGCUAUGGGAGGUUAAGGUCCGUGAAACGGAUCACAAUGAGGCUAUCUACAGAGGCGAAUGA